UUGGAAUGUUCGGCUACUCUCUCAUCUGGGUUGCUACUGUGUAGCUAUGUUCUAUCACUCUGUGGAAUGGAUAGCGUGAGCAGUUUGCCUGGACGACUGGAAAAAUCCAUGAAGCGGUCUACUACAAUUAUAGCUAGCUGGACUCUGGCGUCAAGGCAGUCAGGCAGAUACAGAAUAUAAUCAGUUUAAAAUAUUGCAUUAAUCAUGGCUGAUUUUGAGGAAUUCGAAAAACAGCUGAGUGAAAACCGACAGGAGAGAGAGAAGGAGAGACGCAAGAAGAGGAGCGGCAGUAGGUCUCAGAGCCGCAGUGAGAAACAUCGCAGCUGGAGCAAAGACCGGGGCAACCGGAGCCGAGAGAAGCAAAGCCGCAGUCGAGACAGGAAGAGCCGGGAGCGGAGGAGCACCUCACGGGAUCACAAGAAGCACAGCUAUUCUCCACGAAGAACAAGGAAGAAAAGGACCUGCAGAUACUGGGAUGUGCCUCCCCCUGGCUUUGAACACAUCACACCAUUGCAGUACAAAGCUAUGCAAGCGGCUGGGCAGAUACCCACAAUAGCCCUGCUGGCAUCAGCUGCCACGACUGGGUUGGCAGUAACACCCACCCAAGUGCCCAUAGUUGGCAGUCAGAUGACUAGGCAGGCUCGACGUCUCUAUGUUGGCAAUAUUCCCUUUGGUGUGACCGAGGAGUCUAUGGCAGAGUUCUUCAAUGCCCAAAUGAGGCUUGCAGGCCUAUCGCAAGCCGUUAGCAUCCCUGUGCUUGCUGUGCAGAUAAAUCAGGAUAAGAACUUUGCAUUCCUAGAGUUCCGGUCUGUUGAUGAGACCACACAGGCCAUGGCUUUUGAUGGAAUCAUUUUCCAAGGUCAAUCGUUGAAGAUAAGACGACCACAUGACUACCGGCCUCUACCUGGCAUUUCAGAACAACCUGCUUUUCAUGUCCCAGGUGUCGUGUCCACAGUGGUACCAGACUCCCCACAUAAACUGUUUAUUGGAGGCCUACCCAACUAUCUCAAUGAUGAUCAGGUGAAGGAGCUCUUGACAUCAUUCGGACCACUCAAAGCUUUCAACCUUGUGAAGGAUAUUGCCACGUCACUGUCCAAAGGUUAUGCCUUUUGUGAAUAUGUAGACGUCAGUGCGACUGAUCAGGCAGUGGCUGGGCUCAACGGCAUGCAACUAGGUGACAAAAAGCUAAUCGUUCAGAGAGCAAGUGUGGGGGCCAAAAACGCCAAUCCGACUGCCAUCAUCGAGACCCCGGUGACGCUGCAGGUGCCUGGGCUGCAGAGACUUCAGAAGUCUGGGCUGCCCACAGAGGUGCUGUGCCUGCUCAACAUGGUGAUGCCUGAGGAGCUGGUGGACGACGAGGACUAUGAGGAGAUCCUGGAGGACAUCAGAGAGGAGUGCUGCAAGUACGGCAGCGUGCGCUCCAUCAAGAUCCCCCGGCCCGUCGACGGAGUGGAGGUCCCUGGCUGUGGCAAGAUCUUUGUGGAGUAUGUUUCUGCUGCAGACUGUCAGAAAGCCAUGCAGGCCCUCACUGGCCGCAAGUUUGCCAACAGAGUGGUGGUCACCAAAUACUAUGAUCCAGACAUGUAUCACAGACAGGAGUUCUUAGGGUAGAGGGGAAACAGGAGGUAAUACCUGGAAUUAGCUGGGACCUCCCCUUUCCUGCUUCCUCAAACUUGGUUUCAGCUCUUCAGUGAUGGCAAGUAUCGUGUGUUCUCUCCAGUAUUCACAGCUAGUACGUUGUAACCCUAUCCUCAUUUACUACAGUAGUACAGAUUUUGGGGGGGGGGGAAUAAUAGAUUUUUACAUGUCUUUUAGAUACUUUUUGUUGGUGUAAUAUAUCAGUUAGAGUAUCUGUGUGCAGUGAAUGAAUCUACACUCAUGCUGUUUGUGUAGGAUUCCCUUUGCAGAAGUAGUAUGAAUGUCAUGUGUACUUAGAUCUAAAACCAAACUAAUAUAACAUAGCCAGUGUUGCUGUCUUUCUUGAAACUCUAGAGUCAAUGAGAUGAUACAAAAGUGAAAUUCUAUUCUGAGCACAAGCUGUUUUCUUAUUUUGUCUCUUAACUUCAAGAAUUGUUAACUCGAGAUGUAGCUAUAUUUGAUAGCUAUCAUACUUUCACUGUGUGAUUCUGAGAAGUAACUAACAGUGAGGUGUUAUUGUAUCUCCCCCCCCCCUCCCUUAAAGGCAUACUUCUGGAUUUUGGCAAUGAAACCCUUUACAUACUUCGCCAGGUUCAGAUUAACUCACAGAUACCAUUUUUAUGUCUCUGCAUCCAUUAUGAAGGAAUUAAGAGGUAGUUAGCAAUUGCGCUAAUGCUAGUUAGCAACUUCCUUCACGUAGAUACAUAAAAACUGUAUCCAUCUGACUCUGAAGAAGUAGAUAAAGGGCUUCAUUGCCAAAAUCCAGAAGUAGCCCUUUAAAACUCAAACACCUAAAACUUGUGUUAGAAAAACACUCUCAACACUAAUAAUUACAAACAGUGAACAAAACAAUUAAUUCUACAAAGUAAUGAUUUGGGCAUUUUCACAGCGGUUUAAACCCAUAACCUUGAAAUGUGCAGAUUGUUUUGUGUUGGUGCUCUGGAUUAAGAAUUUGUGUUAGAUUGCAGCAAAAAAUUACAAGGUCACAAAAAUACCAUACCGGCAAUAGAAAUUGACAUUAUGCAUAGUUUUUGGAAUAAGAAAUAUUUGGUCCUACAGGAAAGGAUGAGGAGAUUUUAGAAAAUGUGCUUUUAAUUUAUGUAAAUAAUGUAUGUAGCUACUGUAUAUUCUGUGUUUUUGUUAUCUGAUGCUUUUGCAUUUGUAUGGAAGAAAAUUGGUUAAUUUAUUAUUACCCAAAGGGUUUUUAAGCUUCAUGAAAAUUGCAGAUGUCAGUUGAUCCAACAUUGUCGUUGUAUGACAGUACAUUAAUUCAUAUCAUUCAUCAUUACAGUGAGAGUACCUUUGAAUUUUUUUACAAUGUACUGUAUAUCUCAUACGAUUACAACAAAAACACUAUACUUAAUUAUGGGUAAAUUAGAAAUCAGCUUUCAACUAAAUACAUGCAGUGCAUUGAUUAAAAUGAAUUAUAAAUACUGUUUUUGUAAAUGUAGUUUUGAAUGUGCUAAAACUGAAAGCAUUUUUAUGUACAACAUAACCUACCUUGAAUAAAUGCCUGCAUCCUC